AUGCACGCCACGGCGAUUGCCUCGACCUCGCCCUUGCAGAGGAGGUGUCUUGCGGGAUUCUUAUCGGUACAGGUCAAGUCGCGGGCCGCCGGCCUGAGCCUCGGAGCCGCGGCCACGUCGGCGCCGCACCAGACGAGAUGGCAGUCGACCUCGCGGGGAGACGAGGACCGGAGGAGGCCUCAAGUGUCCUUCCGGCGGUUUGUUGGGCGCGCGCUGGGCACUAGUCUGCGCAACCUGGCUGUCGCCGUGAGCCCGCGUGGCGUUCGAACCGCGUACAGGGACUCACCUGUUGCGACGAGCAUGAACAUCGUCUUGCUCGCGUUGACUCUUGCUGUGUCCGCCGUUGCCAUCCGCUCCUACGUCGUCAGCUUCUACAAUUCCGAAUUCAGCCGGUACCCUGAACCUGUGGCAAACACGUUGCGACGGGCAAUCUACUACACCAACUACAAGCCCGACCCGGAGAUGGCGCUGAAGUACUACAAAAAGGCCAUGGAGCAAGUCAAGGAGGUCGGGCUAGACCCCUUCUCGGACGAAGUGCUAGGCAUCCGCAUCCAGGUGUCGUUCUGGCUGCAAAAGAUCAACAGCUACAAGGGAUCCAUUGAUGUCCUGGAGUCCGUGUUACAGGAUUGCAAGAAGUGGGUUGGCGUGAUGGAACAAUCCGUCGCGGACGGCAACGUGAAUGAGGCUGGAAGAUAUGUGAAUGGACCAACGGGAAGCCGGCCAGCCGGCAGUGUCGAGGUCACAGCGCCGCCGCCCAAAGACGGCCCGGCCAAGACUUCAUCCGGUACGGGAGGGGGAGGAGACGACGUCGGGGCCGAGCAGGACGACGAGGUCGAGACACUCUGGCGAAAGAGGCAGCGACUCCUAGCCAAGGCCGUCGGCACGGCAGUAAAGCUCGGCGAGUUGUAUGCCGACGAGCACGUCCUCCGGGCAGACAAGUCACACGACCACCUGGUGUGGGCGGUCGAAACGUCCCUCGAGGAGUUCCGCCGCCGGAGGAUCGAGGGCGUCAGGCCCGGCGAGCAGGACUGGCUGUCGCCCCCCGAGCUCGGCGGCAUGAUGGAGUCCCUGGGCCGCGACUACGAGCGCCGGUCUCAGUUCCAGCUGUCCGUUCCCCUGUUCUUCCAGGCCCUCAGACUCUGCGAGAGCCCGUGCCACAGAGCCGUCAUCAUGAACAACCUGGCCGCGUGCUUCGCCCAGCAGCCCGUCUUCGCCCCCGACACGGCGCAGGUCCCCGUGGGAGCCGCGCAAGCCCCCGACCAGGGCGCGCUCCCGAAAACGCGCAAAGAGUGCCUCGAGGCGGGACUGAGCUGGGCACAGAACGCCUACGCCCACAGCAGGGACGUCCACGGAGAGGAGAGAACGGCCGAGUGCGACGAGGCAUGUGCCGUGGCCCUGUGCAACUGGGGCGACGUGGCCGCCAUGCUGGGGCAGACAGACGUCGCACGACAGAAGUACAGGCAGUGCAUCGAGAUGAGUCAGGAGAUGGCCUUUGUCGACGGCGUCAGGCAGGCCCAGGACGCACUGGCCCGGCUAACAGCCACGCCGGAAAACAAGACGUGA